AUGGCUUUCAGAGAAGCAGCCUCCGCAGCUCAGAAAGCUGGAGCGCGCGGAGCUCACGCAUCCGGCGUCUUUCCGAGAGGAAAAGUGCUAAAUCAGAACCGCGAAGGCGAGGCGUGGAUCGCUGGUGUUUUGGGGACAAAGCUUCAAGAACAAGUUGAGGAGCAGCUGUCCUUCUAUGAGACUGGAGAGAUUUCCCGAAAGAAUCUGGAUGUUAUGAAGGAGGCAAUGGUUCAGGCAGAGGAAGCGGCGGCUGAGAUUACUAGGACGCUUGAGAAACAGGAGAAGAAACGCCUGAAGAAGUUCAAAAAGGAUUAUACCCCAUAUAAUCCUUUAAAAGGAUAUGAAAUAAGAGAUAAACUGAGGAAAUAAACGAUUCAUGACAUUUUUAUCUGCAUCCUGGCUGUGGCUGGUCUGGUCCACAUCACUGGAAUGCCAUUUCUUAUUCACCAGUGGGCCCAAGGAGGACAGUGGGUGUUUGGGGGGCCUCUCUGCAAGACCAUCACAUCCCUGGAUACCUGCAACCAGUUUGCCUGUAUUGCCAUCAUGACUGUCAUGAGUGUGGACAGGUACUUGGCUCUUGUCCAGCCAUUUCAACUGACAAGCUAGAGAACCAGGUACAAGACAACCUGCAUCAAUCUGGGCCUCUGGGCAGCUUCCUUCAUUCUGGUGUUGCCUGUCUGGGUCUACUCGAAGGUCAUCAAAUUUAAAGACAGCGCUGAGAGUUGUGCUUUUGAUUUAACAUCCCCUCAUGAUGUACUCUGGUAUACUCUGUAUUUGAUGAUAACAAGUUUCUUUUUCCCUUGGCCCUUGAUUUUGAUGUGCUAUAUUUUAAUUUUAUGCUAUACUUGGGACAUACAUCAACAGAAUAAGGAUGCCAGAUGCUACAAUCCCAGUGUUCCAAGGCAGAGAGUGAUGAAGCUGACCACGAUGGUGCUGGCGGCGAUCUUUAUGCUGAGUGCUGCCCCCUAUCACGUGAUGCAACUGGCGAACUUACAGGUGGAGCAGCCCUCACUGGCUUUCUAUCUGAGAUAUCGCCUCUCCAUUUGUCUCAGCUAUGCCAGCAGUAGCAUCAGCCCUUUUCUCUACAUCCUGCUGAGUGGAAAUUUCCAGAAAUGCCUGUCUCAGUUGCAAAGGAGAGUGACUGAGAGGGAAAUCAACAAUAUGGAAAACAUCUUGAAACAGAGUUUUGAGGAGAGUACAUGGAUCAUAAAAGUCUAG